UAUGCCGACGGCAAGGUCGGUCCAAGUGGUGGCGGGUUUUGUUUGAAUCAGGCGAGGGAUGGGCUGUUUGUGGUCCCACUGGAUGCCGGCGCGACCCCGCUGUGGGAACGGCAUCACGCUGUUCAGUUGCGCCCGGGUCUGGUCUUUCUGAUCCUGUUGCUGUUCCUGUUGCUGUUCCUGGUUCUGAUGCUUGGAGGAUCUCGUGGGACUCUGCCGAGGGAUGGGAAAUGGGGGCUUAUUGCUUUCCAUCCACAGCGCGUGCUCGUCGAUGUAUCUUGAAGAAGGGCGAUUGCCUUGGCACCUCUCCCCUCAUCCUUCUCUCUCUCUCCCCAUAGCAUGACGAGACGAGACGAGACAAGACGGGAGGAGUGGACCCGACCGUGUUUAAAGCGCCAGACUACAAAGACUAGCUUACCUACUACUACGUACAUCGACUGCAGGUGCAGCAGAGUCCGUCUCCGGCUCCUCUCUUUCUCCCUCUCUCUCUCUCUUUGCCUUUUCUGGUUGGCCCCUUCCCCGGAUUUUUACCCCAGACUUUUAUGGAAGGAAGGUUAGGUAGGUAGGUACCUACCUUGCCCACCUAGGUAGGUACGAUUAGGUAGGUACCUACCCUACCUGUCUACCUACCUACCUACCUGCCCACCUUGGGUACGUACAUAGGCAAGACCAGUGACAGACCAGUGACAGACCACCAUGAGCUGCUCCCAUCCUUGACUCUCAUCCCAUUCUCACCUUCACUCACUAGGUAUCUCUCACAUGGUGUCGCAUGCCUGACACCAGAGCAGGUCGGUCAAUCAGUCAGUCAGUCAGUCAGUCUCGCUUGCUUCGCUUCUCUUCUCUUCUGAGCACCAAGAGGUGGCGGAGGUGGAUGGAUGGAUGGAUGGAUGGUCGUCCCUUCCCUGCCAGCCCGGACCACCCGUCGCUACCGGUACUUGCUU